AUGAGGAUGAAAAUGAACCUUGUAUCCUGGAGAAAGGGGCCACAUGGCCAAAAUGUUCCAGCUAAAGUUCAUUUAAGACGUCUUCAGUGGUACACAAGGAUUCUCAAAACAGACCCAGUCCCAAAGACAACCAGUGGCUGGAUUCGCUCAGUGGUUAGCACCCAAGUCUACCAACCAUGUAGAAAGCAUCAGGAUCCUAAAGACUUGGACCUUCGCGUGUGUGUGUGUGUGUGUGUGUGUGUGUGUGUGUCUUUCUCACAUCUAGCGCCGUACGAGGGCGGCGUGUGGAAGGUGCGAGUAGAUCUUCCUGACAAAUACCCCUUCAAAUCACCAUCAAUAGGAUUCAUGAACAAGAUAUUUCAUCCCAACAUUGAUGAAGCGUCAGGGACAGUGUGCUUAGAUGUCAUCAACCAGACGUGGACGGCCCUUUACGAUCUGACCAACAUCUUUGAGUCGUUCCUGCCCCAGCUCCUAGCUUACCCAAACCCCAUCGACCCCCUGAAUGGCGACGCCGCUGCCAUGUACCUCCACCGGCCAGAGGAGUACAAACAGAAGAUCAAAGAGUACAUCCAGAAAUAUGCAACAGAGGAGGCUCUAAAGGAACAAGAAGAAGGGGCCGGCGACUCUUCGUCCGAAAGCUCCAUGUCGGAUUUCUCGGAAGAUGAGGCCCAGGACAUGGAGUUGUAGUGAUUGGACUCCUCCCCCAUCCACCCCACUUCCUUUCAGCCCCACAGAGACUAUAUUUGAUUUCCUAACCGUGACAAAGCAGACUUAUAAUAUUCAUAUUUAAAGAAGCUGAUUUUUUUUUUUUUUUUUUUUUCUGUUACUAUUAAACAAGGAUUUUUAUGGCUGAUGAGCCUUUGGUGUGUUUGACGAACACCUGCUCCCGUCCCGUAGCUGUUCCCGCCCUCACACGUCUCGUCGCAGCUUUCACAUGCACCCCCCCCAUCCCUCUGGCACCUGCAUUUUUAAGUGGUCAGGGGGUCUCCCUGCAAACAUCUCAUUUUCUCACUCAGCUCUGGCUUUUUGAAGCGGAAUUAGUCACUUUGACCCAGGCCUUAAUUUUCACAUCGUUUUCCACGUGCACGUCGAUUCUGGACAAUGUUUUCAGCUGGACCACAACCUGACGGGCGUCAGGGGUUUAAGGUGCACAAAUCUCACAGCACAAUGUCUUUUAAAAAAGAAAAGGAGGGGAUGAAGCAAAUCAACCCUAAAAAUGGCCAUAGUCACGAGUUUUUCCCAGUUUGGAUCAUAAAUAUUUGGACACUUCAGUCGGUGCUUUGUUGAGUUGAAAGCAAGUUAGUGCGAUCACAGCCAAAUCAGGUGAACGGCGUAGGACGUACAGCGCCUUUGGGGGACAAAAGUAAUUGGACAACUAGCUCACAGUUUGUGUCACAGUAACGUUAAAAAAAAAAAAAGAUGGAUUGGUGGUGGAGGUCAUUCUUUCAUUAUGUAAUUUAAAAUUUUAAAAAUAAGAAGAUUAAAGCUCUGUUGUUGACCUUGGCUGUAAGUCUGUUGUGCUAAAGUUCGCUGCAUCCAUGACACCACAGAUCCUCCUUUGGUCCUGGAUGGCGACCACCCAGGCAGACAACCCCACAACUCUAAAAUACACAUCAGUCUGCCACAACCAGGUCAAGUGUGGCCGCCCCUUUGGCCUUCUCCAGCCACUGUGGUCCUCAACACUCAGGCACCUACGUGACAGAUCACGCAUAGAAAAAACAUGCCACAAAACCAAAACGUUGUGUAUUAAUCUGUUAUUGACUGCCAGUGUGAAGUCCAACAUGUGGCGAUUUGUUUCACAAUGCUUGCAAAACCAGAACAGACCAGGAACAAAUCAGCUAUUAAAUUAUUUAGGAAGAACAAAUGUACCAAUGAGCUCAGGGCCACAAAACACCUGGGUACUGAUCUUGGCUGGGAAAGUAAAUGUGAAGCAUCAUUGUAAAACACUUUGAACAUCUGCUGGAUGGAAAACCGUGACAGAACUGCAGUCCUAAUUUCAGACUUAGAGUUAUUGCUUGUGGAUGGUAUCGAAAAAGGGUUGUUGUCCUGUCGCCGUUUACCUGAUUGGACGAACGUCUGCACUUAGCUCAACAUCAUUAUUUGCUUUCAACUCCGUUAAGAUGUCAGACAACCUAAGGAACACUUAGCACAUACUGUUGAAACAGGCUCAAAACAAACAAAGCUGCUUUGGCUGUUAAUAUUUUGUUGCUACAAUAAGGACUUGAAGAUGCCAAGAUUUGGUGGAAAACACAAAAAUGGGGAAAAAAAUGUUUUGGUUGCUUUUUUCAAAAAGAUUAACUGCAGAUUAUUCAUCUGAGGUCAUUGAAUCAGGUGUUGGUUUGCUGUUACACAAACUACAAACGGAGCCUUCAGCUGCCUUGAACAAACUGAUUUCAUUCUUCUUUUUUACUGACUAACGUUGUCGUUGGUCACACAAGCCACCAUGGUGAACACGAUUUUUUGACAAAAAGCGUGGUUGGUUCUCCGUGACGCAGUAAUGCGAUUACUGAGUGAACCUUUUAAUAUCACUGCGUCGGCUGGAGUUUGCAGCGACGCUCGUCCUCCGAUCUGCAUCAUCUCGACUUUUUGUCUGUACAGAUUUGGGCUCUUGAGGGAAAUUUUGACAUCAUUCUGACUGGUGGAUUGCAGCCUCAGCUUUGAUUGAUGAGAGUCCCCUCCCACACUUGUUCUUGGAAUCCUAUUUGUCUGAUGGGGGAGUUCUUUUUUUUUUUUUUUUUUUUUUUUUUAAAUAUAUAUAUGUAUUGUUUGUACAGAAUCUACCUUGUACAGUGAUGAGACAUGUCUCUUUAGCCUUCUGAGAACAUCACUGUUGACUUUGCAGCACCGGUGAAACAUCAUCAAGGCUAAUUUUGAGUCAAACCUGCUAGAAAACCUUAACGUGUUGAGUUCAUCGAUUGCAGUAAAAACAUUUCGGCUCUUAAGUGUUUUCAUCCCUCUUCUGUGUCUCAUCACAAAAAAUCUCUAAAAGCAGGUCCCAAAAAGCCAUGAAGGUGGAAAGAAAGGAGAGGGGAAAAAAAAAAAGCAGUUUUUCUUCCUGCAAUUUGAUGCUGUACAAUCUGCCGUCAAGAUCACGCGGGGGUGCUUUGGCGUUUGUGUGGGAAUCUGAAUUUUCGGGCUCAGGUUUUCAAUAAACAAGUGGAUUGUACCUUGUGUAGUGAUUUUCGCCCAUACUGUAUCGGAAAUGUUGUACUAUACAUCAUGCUAACACACGAGCUUCUGCAGCGGUCGGGAUAGUCGGUUUGGUCGAUGUUGACUUCGACUAAACCUGCUGUAUCUGUACUGCAAACUAGAUAGUUUGGUACCUGAUGAAGUAUUCAUUUGAUUUUUAAGUUAGCGUGUGUUUAUAUGUAAGGUAAUCUAUAGACGCGGCUAAUCGUCCUCUUGCUAUAAAGUUGCACAGACAAGUGCGAGCAUUUUCAAACGGGUCAACAUUUGACCAGCUCGAUAUCUAUAUGUUCUCACUCGGAACAAAACAGAAUUUAGUAGGAUGACUUUUUAUUUGGAAUACAAACACCACGGCAGCAAGCGGAAGCUAACCAGCUAAUCAGUCAAUUUAGACGAGGCGCUAUGAACAAAGUAAAUUGGUUUUUGUCACCACUGAACAGGCAAAACAAGUGUCUGGUUGCACAAACUGCUUACCUUAGUCUCAGGAUCGUGCUGGUCUCCACUUAGUGAUAAGUCGACAGUCGAUGAGGGGUUAAUUUUCUGAGACCUAGUCCCCUAGUCAGAGGCUAAGCUAAACGGCUAACUGUAUAAUAUGUUUUGAUAAUUUAUAUUUAGUGAGGCAAAUGUUUGCAUAUUUAGCUCCGCAUGGACACUUCUAAAGAUGUUUUCACCUGUUCAGAGGUGUCAAAAAGCGGUUUAUUCUUGAGUUUGUGAUGCCCAGUACUAAAACAUUAAUUAGCCAGUUAGCCUGCUAGCUUCUUCUUGAUGCCACAAUGUUUUGUGUUCUACAUAAAUAAGGCACAAAAUUGAAAUUCAUUUUGGUCCCAACUGAAAACAUGACAUCUAAAAAUAGAGCUGAGACUGAGCAAAAGACAGUCUUUAUGUCUUUAAAAAAAAAAAAAAAACUGAAUUGGAUGUUAUUUGCUUUCAGGCCUGCAGAAAUGAUCUGAUGUUCAAUUAAAGACAUUCAGAGGUCUGUGUGAAUGUUACACAUUCAGCUUACACUUUGUCCUAAACUGCCUAUAAAUGUGUAUAUUUAUUAGAGAUUAAAAACCCUAAUCAUAAAACACCACUGUCAUAAAAAGACGUACAUUCGGCUCAAUUCUGGCAGAGAUUUUUUUUUAUUAUUAUUAUUGUGAAGUCUUGUACCUGAUAACACAUGAUGUCCAGGUUGAGAAUUUUGUAAUAAAACCACACAUUAUGAUGCAACACAGA